UUGUGUUUUCCCACAUGAAAAUGAGUAAACAUAGUAAUUUAAUAGCAUAUCUGAUAUAGACUGAAUAUCCUUCAGUUGUAAAAUAGAUGGUGAGAACUGAGAUUAAGCCGAAAAAACAGGAUUUUUCAGGACGACCCCGUUGUGUUGUGUUCUGAUAGACAGGUAUGAGACACAGGUAUUCUUCCUAUUCAUGUAUAGACGGUGAAAAUGAGCUCCCAGCAAGAAUGGCAAUGUCUGCUGUGCACUUACUUCAACAAAGCACGGGUCAACAAAUGUGAAAUAUGUAAUGCUACCAAACCAGUGAGUUCUCCAAGUGAUGAUGAAGAUAUGGAUGAGGAGUAUGGAACAGGACAAAAUGAAAUGAAUGGCAUCGGCAUCAGUGGGCAGAGACCAACCCCACUGCAGGGAAAAGGCCGGUUGGACUCGAAACAAAACAUCUGGGUGUGUCGGCGCUGUACUUUAGAAAACGGAUUCGCUUCAUCUAGAUGUAGCGCUUGUGAUACUCCGCGUGUUUCAAAUGUACCUACAAGCCUACCACCGAUACCUGGUGCUACGCCAGCGACCUCUAACAAUGGUAAAGCAACUACACCAUCAGCCCGCUUGUCAAUUGGUGAAGCCUUUACAUCUGUUUUAAACAAAGCACGUGAUCUCCUUCCGUCUAUUCGGCCGAAUGAUUCACCAACAUCAUCUGGUAGUUCGGGACAAAUGCCUGACGAACAUUGGACUUGUGAACAUUGCACUUUUAGCUGUAACCCUGUCUGGUCAGAGAAAUGUGACACUUGUGACACACCUAGACCAAUUAACGGCAUGGUUCCAAAAUCUCCAGUUCAAAUGGAAAACAAUUCUGUGCGCUAUCUUCCAAAACCAAAUGUUAGUGUCGUCAAACCUGCUGUAUCUUUACUCGAUACCAAAUGUCAUGAAGGUUGGCAGUGUAGUAAAUGCACUUUUGUCAACGAUGUUAAAAGCAAAAAAUGUGAAAUGUGCAAUGCAGACUCGCCAGCUAAGAUCAGUUCAAGGCCGUCUGCUAGUUCAACUUUUAUUCCAUCGGCAACAAGUUCUGUGAUUCCUUCUGCACCUUCUGGGGACAUUUGGCACUGCCCUAAGUGCACCUAUAUGAACAACCCAAGGUCUCGGAAGUGUUCGCAAUGCAAUGGUGACCCGCUUGCCCCAGUUUCCCCCCCUGAAAGUCGUCGGCAGUUACAGCGGCAAGAGACAGUUUUGGUUGAUCAACUGCGUCAAACGGAGGAAAAAAAGGCUCUGGAUCAAAUGGAGGAGAUCAUCACGUUUUGUAAGGAGAACGGCCAUUCUUUUGUUGAUGAUUCAUUCCCACCCUUUCCGUCCUCGCUCUACCUGGACCCACAACACCCGUCGUCUUCUCAUUAUGUGCAAUGGCUGGCUCCGAGCUCGAUUGCACCAGACCCAGUCCUUGGCUCGGAGCCAUGGCGUGUGUUCAGGUCCCCUCGACCAUCCGACAUCAAUCAAGGCUUAUUGGGAAAUUGCUGGUUCCUGUCAUCGCUAGCUGUAAUCGCUGAGAGGCCAGAGCUCGUGGAAAAGGUGAUGCUAACCAAGGAAUUCAGUCCCCAUGGUGUUUAUGCCGUCAGACUCUGUAAAGAUGGCAAAUGGACCACGGUUGUGAUAGACGAUUUAUUGCCCUGUGAUGAGAGAGGGAGGUUGCUUUAUUCAAAUGCUAGUCGCCGCCAGCUCUGGGUCCCACUCAUUGAGAAGGCGUUGGCCAAGCUGCAUGGGUCCUAUGAGGCUCUUAUUGCUGGCAAAUGUAUCGAAGGUCUUGCCGUUCUGACCGGUGCACCUUGCGAGAGUAUCCCAUUACAAACAGGUAGCAAGGACCGUCGGGAUGAACCAGUAGAUGCUGAUUUAGUCUGGGCACAGCUACUUAGUUCUCAUGAAUCGGGAUAUUUAAUGGGUACGUCGUGCGGUGCUGGUAACAUGAAGACAGAAGACGAUGUAUAUGAGACAGUAGGCCUCCGACCACGCCACGCUUACUCCAUCCUUGAUGUGAAGUGUAUCUGUGGAAACAGAUUACUGAGGUUGCGUAACCCAUGGGGGAAGUUCUCGUGGAAGGGCGACUGGUCGGACACAUCACGGAAGUGGGAUGAUGUCCCACCAGAUGUGCGGAGCCAACUAAUGGUACAUGGAGCAAACGAGGGGGUGUUCUGGAUGUCGCUUGGUGAUAUGUUGAAUUAUUUUGACAGUAUUGACAUCUGUAAAGUUCGCCCCGGUUGGCAGGAGGUUCGACUAGAUGGCGCUUUCCCUACGAAUGGACAGGGCCCAGUGAGGGCGGCAGCCUUGACCAUAUUUGAGAACACGCAGGUUGAUUUUAGCCUCUACCAGAGUGGGGACAGGGGAAAAGACGGUCAGAAACGUGGUAUCAUGGAUCUGUGCAUCCUGAUCUUCCACGCACCAAGAUCGUCUGCGGUUGGUGUCGGAUCACUUGUAUGUAACAGUAAGAGAGUCUUGAAGAAGUUUGUGACCUGUAACGCCAUCUUGGAGCGUGGAGAAUAUCUUGUCGUAUGCACGGCAUUCAACCAGUGGACUCCAAUGGUGCCGCUGGAUGGUUUCCCGAAGUACGUCCUGGCACUACACAGCUCGAAAAAGAUCAUGGUCGAGCAGAAGUUAUGUCCGGAACACACGCUAGCAGACGCUGUGAUACGAUUGGCUGCUGCCAAGGGAAGGCCACAUGAGGGGCGCGAAGGAAUGACGACAUACUAUUUAUCACAAGGUUGGUCUGGUAUCAUUGUCGUGGUCGAGAACCGCCACCCUAACUAUUACAUCCAGGUGCAAUGUGACUGCACGGAGAGUCAUAAUUUGGUGUCGACAAGAGGCAGUUAUAAGACGGCUGACAGUGUACCGCCUCUUCACAGUCAAAUCCUAAUUGCAUUAUCGCAUUUAGAGGCGAGUGAAGGUUACACGGUCUCGCAUCGGUUGCUGCACAGGAUGUCGCAAUAUCAGGACCUUGGCGAAUGGAGUAGUUCUCAGGAUUGCCACAACGUGCCAAGACUAUCGCCUGACGUCUAUGGUCUUCAUCAACCCCGUCCAUUAUAAAAGAAAGCAGACGAUAUCAGUGAUGUUAUUUAAAGACAUCAUGGACUGUUGUCCUUGUGCUACCUCUGACUGUGCCAUCCACUGGCAUCCAUUCAAUACUUCUUUCAAGCUAUGCCAGCUGUUGUUACUAUCCUACAAACUUUUGAUGUGUCACAGUCUAGUCAGCAUGAUGAGGAUGAUCCACCAAACGUGUCGGGAAUAAAUGUUGUGACAUCAUGGUGGCCGAAGAAACCUGUUUGUGACUGUAUCGGGAAGCCAUUGGAUUGCCCGCCUAACUAUAUUUUGUUGAUGGCCAUCAUAAAAUAUAUAUUUGUUUGGAGGACUUGUCCUUCCGCAAAUUUUUCUGAUGGUCUUUCUGUGACGAAGUUUUUCAUUGUGUUUAUGACGAUGAAUGGUGGGAAUUCAUGAAUAGAACUUGUGAUCGUAAGCUGAGGCUUUAUGUUGCUUUCUCUGCAAGUUUAUCUGAAUGUUGAGGAAAGUGGUCAACCUUCAUUUGUGUGGACUUCUCAUAUCUUUUUAUUUUAUGUCUCUGAUUGAUAUAGAUAUCACGUUGUUUUAAGUACUUCUGAAUCAAAACUAGUGAUUUGGUAAUCCGAGUGUUGUCUCCUCGUAAAUAUGGUGCGUCAGUUUGCAACAUGGCAUUCUGCAUCUCUGUCCAAUUUGUAACAUUGGUGUAUACUUGAUCAAGGUGUAAGGGAACUUUGAUUUGCAAAAGAAGGUCAUAAUAUGUAUAGAUGCCUUUGCUUAUUCAUAAUGCAGCUAUUGAUAUUUACGUAUGGAAGUUAUUUUUGUGUAAGCUUUUGAUUGUUUAAGCAACAAUCAACAAUGUAUUGGACCUUAUCUCCUUUUAUACCCUAGAAUGGGAGUCGAGAAUUGGACUCCAACCUAUGAACUUUUCUUCCGUCUGUAGUCAGGAAGAUUCCUCCUCCUUACUAUGUGAAAGGCGGCUACUUAGUAAUUGGUUGUGGUCUCUACGGGGUGGAUGAUAAGUACCCUCCAACUCCGGGUAAUAUCUAGGGCACCAAGGAAUUUCUGGAUCACAAGACGUGAGAGUUAGAUCUGUCGUUCAGUUGAUUUUCUCACUUGGUUGUUUGAAUAAAAUAUAUAUCUUAACAUUA